AGCUCCAUUUCGUGUUUUCAUAUGGCUUCGAAACAAGAAAAAGCUUUUCGUGAUGAUAUGACCAUUGAAUUUUGGGAUGGAUACUACAAAGAUGGAAGUCAUCCCUGGCAUGAGAAAAACGUAAAUAAGGGCUUAAAAGCAAAUAUAGAAACUUUCAUAAAUGGAAGAGAUCAUAUAGUAGCAUUUUUUCCGCUUUGUGGAAAGGCUGUUGACAUGAAAUGGAUCUAUGAUCUAGGUCACACAGUUAUUGGAGUUGAGGGUUCUAUACAAGCAAUUGAGGAAUUCUUCAAAGAGAGUAACCUGGAAUAUGAUGUAGACGGAAACAAGUAUUCAACCCCUGAUAAAAGAUUGACGAUAUUUGCUAUGAAUAUCUUUGAUUAUAAUGUUGAACUGAUGGGUGAAGUUAGCGCUGUUUGGGAUCGUGGUGCUUUUGUUGCAAUCAAUUUUUCAGAAAGAGCAAAAUAUUCAGAGUUAAUGAAGAGUAUAUGCACUAAAGAUUGUCGCUAUAUACUUGAUGUUUAUGAAUACGACAGAAGCGUAUACGGCGGACCACCCCUUUGCACCACUAAAGAAGAUAUCGAUGAGCAUUUCUCCAGUUGGUGUACUUCUGAGAGAAUUUUUGAAUCUGAUGAAAUUACAGACCAUUGGAGAGAAGUAGGAUUUCAAUCCUUUAUGAGAUACGAUUAUCUCCUGACGCCUAAAUAA